AUGCAUGUUCAACAGGAAUUACGGACUGGUACUGAAAAAGUCUGGCGGGAGUUCUUCGAGCGUUGGCCAGAGCGCAGUAUCAUCCUUGUGCAGGUGCCAGCUGAUCAAGGACUGACAGAAGAACAAGAAAGCCUCUUAAAAGCGGCGGUCAUCAAACGACGAAAGCUCCAAUUAUCGAAUAUGGGCAGGUGGGCGACAAAAGAACAGAUAGAAUUUCUGGAGAGGUUCCUUCCUGAGUACUGUGAAUGCAUGUUCAAUAAAAAUUACAAACCGGUACUGAAAAAAGUCUGGCGGGAGUUCUUCGAGCAUUGGCCAGAGCACAGUAUCAUCCUUGCGCAGGUGCCAGCUGAUCAAGGACUGACAGAAGAACAAGAAAGCCUCUUAAAAGCGGCGCAAAUCACAAGUUGGUACCGGUGGCAGACUAAUGUGUCGUGUUUGAGCCGUACCAGUGGGGCAAAGGGGCUGCUCAAAUUUGAUGCGGUGUUGGCAGGUGGGGUAGGACUGAGUGGUACACGUGCACCCAAGAAGAUGCAUAUCUAUUCACAUGAGUAUUAUGCGGAGAAAGUUAGGAUCGAUGCAGACCAAGCUAUUCAUGAAAACAACAUCGCUCACCAUGGUGCCAAGUUGAACAAGCGCCUCGCUGUCACUCAAGAAAAGUUCGAGGCAGAAAGUGACAAGGUGAAGGAAGAGGUUGAGAGGAAGUAUAGAAAGGCGAAAGCAAAGUUCGCCAAAGCUCGUGAGCGCUUGAAGGGUGGUAAGAUGCCAAAGAUUGAUACAAAUGUGAAAGUCAAGGCCAUCCGGGAGCUAGGUCCAAUGUUAGACCGUAUAUUCCGCUACCUGUCUUAUGCAACCGGCAGCUGGAAGUUUUCGGUCCUCAUGGCUGGGCCUGACCCCACAAAGGGUGGGACGGCGGUAUAUGACUAUCACAUAGGCGAACUCGGGAAUGGUGCUCAAUUCAACACGUUUUGCGAAAAGUUCGACAGCAUCCAGCAAGCAUUCUUGGAAUUUACUGACAGGGCGCUUGAAUUCAAAGCCACUCUGCCUCAAAACGACUCCGAUUCUGACUUGGAGAGCGACGAUAACAGUGAUAACGAGAUGAACAAUAUCCAGACCAAUUCAAUGGAAGGCAGAGCAGAAGCUGGUAGCAUGAAUUUGAACUUUCACACGGACAACAGUCUAUAUAGGAUCUCACCUGAUUUGUUCAACAAUGAGUCACAAGAGCAUUCUGCAUUAUUCGAUAAUGCAGGCCAGGGUUUCUUGUUGCAUGAGCACCAGCAACAGUCUACAUUACCCGACCAGGCUUUUCAAUACCUGGACCUCAAUUUUGGUCAGACAGACCUGGACCCCAGCGUGCAAGCUUUGAUAGCUGGCAGUGAUACUCAAGUUCAGGUGCCUUCCCUGGGCCCUUUCAUCCCAGGUUCUUCGAUUGUUCUCAACAGCGACAUGGAGAUCCAAACGCAUCCCUUGGAUUCAUUCACCCCAAGCUCUACAUUCACCGAGCUGCCAUUAUUCACUCCGAGCUCUGCAAUCUCCAAGCUGCCAUUGGUAUUACCCCCUCCACCAACUCCCCCACAGACCCCACAAAUUUGUCUGCCUGCAGUUCCUGUCGAGCCCAUCCACAAAGAUCUAGAUGUACCUGUACCUUCUUCCCCUCCUAACCAUCGUCGACGUGCAAGGGCACCUGCAGUACAACAGCAAGUGCUUCAAGAAGAACCUCGUCAACACCAUGCACGCAAUGUUACCUUCAACAGGCGUGAGCUCGAUAAUGCCAUUGGAUCUAACGCCAGCGCCAAACAGAAAUGA